AUGGAGGACGACAUUUUGUUCAAGAAAGAGUUACGCAAAGCAGUUGAUUCUAAAUGUAGUGACUCUCUUCUGUCUUUGAGUAACAAGACAUCGCACAAGACUGCUAUCUUGAAUUUCUGUGAAAAUGGUAAAAAAUUAAUUCAUUAUGCCGCAGAGUUCGGAUCUGUUGAUCUUUUAAAAGUGUUAGUAGGUUUAGGUGCUUAUGUACAGGAUACAACAAGUAACGACAAAAACGCCCUACACAUAGCAUGUGAAGAAGGUAAUGAAGACAUUGUUGAUUAUUUACUAAAAACUGUUAGUGAUAGUUCAUUCAAAACAGCACUCACAACAAGCUGGGACACAAAAAAUUUGAAAGAUGUAUUUUACUAUGCGGCUUUAUCCGGAAACAUCAAUAUUGUUCGAUGUUUGGAGAAUGAUCGGAAUUUAAAUAUAGACGAGAUAUUUCCUAAUAAGAGUACAGCAUUAUAUACACUUGUGAAGGAAAAUCAGUAUGACGCAGCAAAUCUAUUGUGUCAAUGUGGAGCAGACGUAAACAUUGGAUUUCAAGAACAAAAUUUCCGACCCAUUCAUUUUUUAGCUCAGAGAGAAGAUGGCGCAGAUAUGUUAAAACUGUUGCUGAAAUAUGGAGCUAAUGUGAAUGAAAACUGGGGAAACCCACCGUAUGGUCAUCAGCCUCUUUUUAUUGCUCUUAAACAUAAAUGUAGUGAAAACGCAAAAAUAUUAAUAGAAAAGGGGGCUAAUGUAUCAUUUAAAGGGCGAGUAACAAAGCUUGGUUGGAUAAAUUGUUUUUGCUUGGCUGCUAUGAACUGUCCGUCAUUAAUACAAGAUUUUCUUAAACAUGGCGCCAACCCAAAUGAAGAGUGCGGUGGCAAAUCUGUUCUGAUGAUAGCUUUCAGUGAACAUGUUACACGAGAAGGCAUUAUUGCUUUGAUAAAGGCUGGGGCCAGUAAAGGAAGGGACGGUAUGACUGCAAUACAGUGCUGCAAAUCAUUCAGUCAGCUGGAGUUAUUCAUAGAUGCUGGUAUUACUGUUGAAGAAAUUGAGACAAGGCAUGGGGUAUCAACUUUAUUAUCAACCUUCAAUAAUGAUGUUAAAAGAAUGCAAAAUCAAUUUCCGCAACUACCAAUUUCGAUAGCUAUUUCAAAGUUACUUCUAGUUGGAGCAAACCCUAACCUGGCUGGAGAGGGGGAAGAAUCGGCUUUGAUUUUAGCCAUAAAGAACGGGUUGUUUGAAGCUGCUGACGAAUUGAUUCAAGCAGGUGCAAACGUUAACCAUAUUGGAGUGGACGGAAACAAUGCAGCGCAUGCUUGUUGCAAAUCAGGACCGAUGGCUAAAAAAAGUAUUACAAUGAAAGCUCUGAUUGACAAAGGAUUGUUUCUGAAUAACCAACAACCUUGUGGAAACUAUCUUUUCGAUCUUAUAGUUGAAACAUGGUUUGAUGAUUCGGUGCUGAUAUCAAUGAUUGAAAAAGGCGCAGAUCCAAAUUUAGUGAAAGAUAGAAAUAAUUCGGUUUUAAUGAAAUGCGUCCAACAAAAAAGGUUCCAAGUCUGUUGUGCUCUAAUAGAAGGAGGGGCUGAUGUUUCAUACAUGAAUGAAAACGGAGAGACUGCUUUUGACAUUUAUGCAGAAAUGUUCCCGGAGACGAAUACAGUGCACUUCAAUCACGGAGAAUCAGUGAGUAAGCUGAACUUAUUGAACGCUUUCUUAGCGACUGGACUCGAGACCAAUAAGUUAAGUUUGUCAGGAAUUUGUCCAUUGAUGAUAGCGAUAUGGCUUCGAUGUGCAGAUACAGUUAAAUUGAUAUUGAAAAAUGGAGGACUUGUAAAUAUAAUGGAUAACUUUUACGACACACCAUUGACUACUGCGCUGGAAUUUGACCUCGAAGAAAUAGUGAAUACUUUAUUGAACGCAAAGGCAAAUGUCAACCAUAAAGGUGGAGAAACGAGUCUACCAAGCCUUGUGCUGAACGAAGAACCAUCAAGUGCUAAACACAUGAGGCUUUCAGACUGUUCCGAAAGUUGUUUUUUACAACCAAGGUGUGUUCUUCAAAGUAGUUCAGGAUUCAAAUGCAGAAAAAACACAUUAACAAGAAUUAUAACUGACAUGCCUGGAUUGUCCAUGGACAGACGGGAAUAUUAUGUGAGCUUAUUACUAGAUUUUGGAGCUGAUCCUAAUAUGGAAGAAUCAGGAAGCGAUUCUACAUUGAUGCAUGCCGUCAGACUAGCAUUACCUGGAUUAGUUAGAACUCUUGUUGAAGCAGGUGCUGACGUCAAUCAUACUGGUCAGAUGGGCUUGACGGCAUUGCAUGUUUAUUUCAAAUCGUAUCACAUAAAAGAGAGAAGUUAUUCCUGUUAUGGCUUAUACCUCUUAGAAAUACUUGAUGCACUGUUAGCGAAGAAACCAAAUGUCAAUCUUAAAGAUAAUGAUGGAAUUUCUCCCUUACAACUGGCAAUUCGCAAUCAGAUGACUGAAGCAGUGGAAAAACUUCUAUUUUCCAAUCCAAUCAUGCCGUUUGAAGACAGUGAUAAAUUAGAAGCAUUUGAAAUGUGUUUGACGAUCGAGCCACAAGUGUGCUUGCAAAUUCUUGAUGUUCUUUCUGAUCAUCUAAACUUGGCCAAUACUGUUGAUGUCUUCUUCUGUAAGUUUUGGAAAUACUUAAAUACACAUGAUUGUUCAAGGAACAGGGAAGUUCUUGACAGCGUAACGUAUAAGAUUUUGUCUACUGAAGAAGAGGUACAAGUUAAUUUAGCAAGCGAUUCAGAAUACUCACCACUUAUGUACUUCUGUCAUUUUGGAUGCUUUCAAGCUGUGAAGAUGUUAUUGUCUCAUAAAGCAGAUGUUAACUAUGUUGGAAUGAGGGGAACUAUUCUCCACGAAUUGUUAGAUAUGACAGAUGAUGAUAAUGCUGUGUUGUUAUUCGACUGUUUGCUUAAAGAACAACCAAAGAUGAACAUUUCUGACAACAUGGGCAAGACAGUUGCAGAGAAAGCCAUUGAUAUAUUGUGCGGAAAGCGUAGUGCAUCAUCGAGUUUGGGUUAUCAAUAUUAUUUCCCUAUGAAUGAACGUAGCUUUAAAAAUAUUAGUUUAUGUUUUCAAAAAUUGUUAGAAUCAGGUGUGACUCUGGAUUCAAAGGACCUAAAUGAUGCAUUGUUGAUGUGUGCUGAGAAAAGUGAUUUCAAGGGAAUGAAAUGCCUGAUACGCCAUGGAGCGGACUUUUAUAGAAAAGAUAUAAUGGGAAACUCUAUCUUUCAUCUAUGUUGGUUAGCCUCUUUAGAUGGUGGAUUAGACUUUUUAAGGUUCUUUAUCGAAUCUGAACAUUCUUUGAAAAGAAUUGAUUCGGUAGACAAUUCCAUAUUAUCGUCAUUAUUGACAUUUGGAGGGAUACGUGAAUAUGGCUCUGUAACAAACGAUAAAGACAUAUCAGAAAUAUCAUCUUUCCUUAUACAAAAUGGAGCAUGCUGUGUGAAAGAUAAAGAAGGAAAUGGGCCAUUACAUUUAGCUGCUAAGAAUGGAUACCUGUCAACUAUUGGUGUGCUGUUAAAAUUGGACAGUGUCUCACUAUAUGAUCAGAACGAAAAAGGUGAUACAGCGGUUCAUAUCUGUUUAAAACAUCCAAAGGAGAAUAUAUGCGAUGUUAUUAAAAUAUUGUUAGAAAAUAACAGUGCAAAACUGGGUUUGAACUUACGCAAUGAGUCUGUACUCUACCUUGCUAUGGUUGCUGGGCGAAGAAUACGAACUAACAACGUUGAAUCAGUAACGUAUCAACUGGUAAAAACAUUACUUCGAAACGAAGCUGAUCCCAAUGAACAUUCCAGGGAUCAUAUACCUUUAUUUGUUGCGUUGGAGACAGGAGAUGUUAUGACUUCAAAACUUCUCUUAAAUGCUUCAGCAAACAUAAAUGCAACAAAUAGAAGAGGAAAGUGUAGCCUUCACAUUAUAUAUGAAAAUACAUGGGCAACAGAUAGUAAACUUUCCCUGACACAAUUGCUGCUUGAAAACGGUCUAAAUGUUAACUUGGUGGAUGAAUCAGGAAAAUCUGCAUUGUUCUCUUUAGUUAAUAGGUACACUGGACAUGGUUUUACCGAUUCAGAUGUCAACUCAUUUGAGGAAAUUCUCAAUGUUCUCCUGAAGUAUGGAGCGGAUCUCAAUCUUUCUGAUAAGUUAGACGAGACAGUAUUGAGCUAUAUCUGUUCUUCUGGAAGAAAUGUUGAAAUAGGAUACAUUCUUUUGAAGAGCGGAGCAAGUCCAAAGAAAGGAUGCUGCCUUCAAAAUUUAUUGGAGAGUUUGCAGAUAUACGGAAAUAAAAGUUGUUUUCUUUCGCUUAUAUCUUCACUGCUCCAAAAAGGGGCGGAUCCAAAUAGACGUAGAAUAGAGGGAUCUAAUAUAAUUGACUGUGUUAAAAACGGAAACAUCCUUCUUGUUGAAGAGUUCAUCAAGUAUGGAGCCGACGUAAAUGGGUGUGACAAUUUUAAGAAAACAGCUCUUCAUUAUGCCUGUAACAUCGGUCAUUCGAAAGAUAGAUAUGCAAUAACAACUCUUCUCGUGAAACAUGGAUCAAAUUUAAAUGUAGCAUCCAUCUUAGGCGAAAGACCUCUGGAUAUUGUCGUGGAAAAUAUGAUCAAAGAAAUGACAAAUGCUGCUUUUUUUUCAAGGGCAAACAAUUGUGGCACUUACACGGUAGAUUUGUCCUUAUUGAAUGUACUCGUUUGUGGAGGUGCAGAUUUAUGUCCUGUAAUAACUGGCACAAUUGAACAAUUCUAUGAAAGUUCAUCAUUUACAGUACAUGCAACACCAUUGAACUAUCGAAACAGGAAUAAAUCUGCCUUGUAUUUGUUAAUUAGUAACGGACUUUUCCAAACUGCGGAAUAUUUGCUACGUAGUGGAUGGGAUGUGGAGAAGGAAGAAUGGUUUGAUGCCUUUGAUGUCUCAAAGCUUGAUUUAAUUGAAAAUAACAUAAUGAAUUACAGCAGCUAUAAACGGCAUGAUGUUGAGGCAAAAAAGGCAGAAUUCAAAUCAUUUUUGCAGACUGUUGACAAGGGUCCUAAACUUUUAACAACAAUAUGUAUAAAACAAAUUCGACAGCAACUCCUACUGGUAUCAAAUGGUUCUGAGAUUGAAACAAAGAUUUCAACACUUCCACUUCCAGAGAAAAUAAAACGUUUCUUGUCGUUGAAAGAAUGUAUAUUGGAAAACGAAAUUAUUCAGUUUGAAUAAAAUAUAUGAUUGUUUUUCAUCUAUCUAGAAAAAUGGUUCUCUAAAUAAUCGGGAAACAUUUAGUCGCCGAUGUGGCGAAUCUUUCAGAAACAAACAAUUUCUUCAUUAAACAAUUAUGUUUCCCUAAGUACAAAACUUUAGAAACAGAACUACUUGUGCAUACAUUGUUCAAUCAUGUCUUUAAUAUCUUAUUUGGUGUUUUUUUCGCACUUUCAUUUAAGAGUUUUCGUAUAAUCAAGGAGUAUUUUACUUUUAAUUUUACCGCAUGAAAAUAGUAUUAAAUCAUAUUUUACGAAAUGGUGUUUAGCGGCAUGAUUGGGACAUUAUUGCAAAUGCAAUUAUCACAUGCCUUUCCUGAACAUUAUCGCAUGGCAUUCUGGCGGUACUCUGCAAAUAAUGUAAAAAACGCAUCAACGACAUAUUUUAGUUAAAAACAUUACAAAGUGGAGUACAAAACAAUUUUAAGGAAAAAGGAAAAUAUAUAAUAUUUAAUGUAAAAAUAAA